AUGCAAGUCAUCGCUGAGAACAAUUUGAAGCCACUCAUGAUUGGAAAUGUUAACAAAAAGCACCUAGUGUUAAUGGGACCUCCUGGAGCAGGAAAAACAACUACAAGCAAAAAAUUAGGAAAUAUUUUAGGAAUGAAAGUUUUCGAUAUUGACGACGACUUGCUCGAAGUUGUGUGGCAAAUGCCAGUCUCUCAAAAACUCGCUCUCGAAGGUGAAGAAGGAUUUAUUAAAGCUGAAGGAAAAGCUUGUGAAAAUUUACGAAUGGAAAAUGAAAAUCCCACAAUUAUUUCAUUAAGCGGAAGUGUUCCUCUCUAUCAACCUGCAAUCGAAAACAUUCGCAGACAAGGAGUCGUAAUCUAUUUAGACGUUCCUUCAACAAUUAUCGAACAUCGAUUGCAUGAAAUGAAAGUCGAUCGAAUUGUUGGAAUGAAACCUGGUCAAACACUUGCCGAUUUAUUGGAAUAUCGAAAAACAUUUUACGAACAAUAUUAUGAUGUACGUGUGACAUGUUCGACCAUGAAUGGCUGUGCAGAAUCUGUCGAUCAAGUCGUCUCACGAAUUAUCCAAGCUUUCAAUUUUUAUCGAAACGAAAAUGGCGAACAAGAAUAUACAAGUACGAGAGGAGAAGGAAAACUUCAAAACACUGGAAAAUCAUUGUGUGAAGUGAUUACCAGAGGACUUGCCACUGAUGGUGGUUUAUAUGUUCCAAAAACAUUUCCCACAUUCACUCUCAAUGAAUUACAUGUCAUGAAAGAUUUCACAAAUUAUGAACAAGUAGCAGUGAGAGUAUUAGAAAAAUUUCCAAUGAGUGGGAUCACACCUCAAGAAUUGAAACAACUCGUUCAUGAAGCGUAUGGAAGUGGUAAUUCCAAAUUUCAUUCUGAAGAAAUUGUCGAAUUGACUCGAUUACCAAAAUCUGUCAUCCAUCAAGACACAUCUGUCAUGUCAAAUGCAUGUCGUGAAUAUUCUAAUCAAUUUUUAGUGGAAUUAUUUCAUGGACCUACGGCAUCGUUCAAAGAUUUAGCUUUACAAUUGGUUCCAAAAUUAUUCACACAAGCCAAGAAGCAUUUACAUGAAGAAUUUUCUCAACCUGUAUUAACUUCACACAAAGUAUCACAUCCAUCCAUUCUCCAUUCUCAUCAUCAUGAACAACCAAUCACGAACAAGACUGAAUCAACAGAAAAAACUAUAAUUUUAACAGCAACAAGUGGAGAUACUGGUUCGAGUGCCAUUGAAGGAUACAAACAUGAAAAAAACAUUUCCAUCAUUGUUUUGUAUCCAAAGGGAGGAGUGAGUCCACUUCAAGAAUUGCAAAUGUUACAAGCUCAUCAUGCAAACAAUGUCAGGGUUUUGGGAGUGAAUGGAGAUUUUAACAAGUGUCAACGAAUGGUGAAGGAAAUUUUCUCAAAUUUUCAAUUUCAACACCAAUUGAAAGAAAAACAUGGAGCGACCUUGACAAGUGCAAAUUCCAUGAAUUGGGCACGAAUCAUGCCUCAAAUUGUGUACCAUGUCUAUUCCUAUUUACAAUUAGUCAAGAGGGGAAUGAUUCAAUUAGGUGACGAAAUUGACAUGGUCGUUCCAACAGGAAAUUUUGGAAAUUUAUUAAGCGCCGUCUAUGCAUGGAAAAUGGGUUUGAUUUUUGUGAGGAAAUUUAUUUGUGCUUCGAAUGAAAAUUGUGUCUUGACUCAAUUUUUCAAUACAGGUGUUUAUGAUUUGAGAGGACGCGAAUUGCAGAAAACAACUUCUCCUUCGAUUGAUAUUUUGAAAUCGAGUAAUAUUGAACGAUUGUUGUACAACAUGUUGAGUUUUGAAAAUGAUCGUUCAACAGCAUUGGUAUCACGUUACAUGAAUCAAUUGGAGAGUGAACAUUAUUUUCAAGUGUCGAGUGAAAUUUUUGAAUUAUUGAAAGAGAAAUUUGUGGCUGCUUUUGCUACACAGAAACAAGUGGCCGAGACGAUAGCAGCGACAUGGAAACAGAGUGGAAUUCUUUUGGAUACUCACACAGCAGUGGCCAAGUAUGUUGGAGAUUUGUUUAACCACAAACUGUCAAAUGACAAUUGUCAGCAAAUUCCCAUGUUAAUUGUGUCCACGGCUCAUUGGUCUAAAUUUCCCAACGCUGUUCUGGAGGCACUCACUCCUGAAGGGACAAGAAAGGUAUAUUCACAACACAAUGACAACAAGGUUGACGAUUUGAAAGAGCUAUUUUAUGAAAUUGAACGAAAAGCCAUGGGAUCGACUAUUCAUCCAUCCAUCCAAUCUGUAUUGUUUGUUGGUUCUUCGAAUGUAACACCCUCCAUGCAACAAGAAUUGUGUCAACAUACCGAAGACGUACUCGAACACAUUUACAAACUAGUACUUCAAGAUUAA